GCCUCCUUGCACGGGCACCGGGGCUUGAAAAUCGUGCUCCUCCUGCGUCUAUCGCCCCUCGUCCCCUUUACCGCCCUGAAUUACAUGAUGAGCGUCACCUCCGUGUCCCUAAAGACGUACACUCUGGGCCUGGUGGGGAUGGUACCGG